GUUAAUUUGCACUUUUAAAAGUAGCGCGCUGUUUCCUCACGGUGUGGACUGGUUAGUGUGAUUUUUCGUGAACUUAACUAUUUCAUUAAAACAAAUCAACCAUGAAGCCAUUCAACCAUUAAAGACAACUGGACAAUCGAUAGUUUUAGUUUAUUAAUUAUUAAGUGUUUGGUAAAUAUUUAAGUGGUUUUAAGACAGAAUGAAUCGUGUAUUUAUUGCAGUAUUUAUUGUGUGUGUGUCCGUGCCAGUGGAGUUACUCGAAAGUGAUCCAAGUAUAAAUCCGGGAAACAAUAGCACGUUGGUGAAUCAAACGGCUGUGACAAAAACUCCUUUGCCAAUACAAGAGAAUAUUAGACACAGGAGAUUCAUUCCGUUUGCGAGACCGAACGCCAAGACCCAAAACAUUUCGGAAUGCACCGGUUCAUCGGACGAUUUUCCUUAUUUCUUUUCCGACGACGUCCAACGAGAUGGUGGUUUUAUCCUUUUCUUUCUAAUAGGUAUCUAUUGUUUUACCUUUCUGGCCAUCAUCUGUGAGAACUACUUCAUACCGUGUGUGGAGUUGAUUUGCGAGGAGCUCAAUUUAUCCAAAGAUGUGGCCGCCGCAACAUUUAUGUCGACAGCAACAUCUUGCCCCGAACUCUUUACAAACGUUAUCAGUACCUUUGUAACCCAAUCUGAUUUGGGUAUUGGCACCAUUGUAGGAUCAUCGAUGUUUAACACAUUAGGUGUCGCUGCACUGGGAGGACUUGCAGCUUCUAAACCCAUCAAAAUAGACGGAUGGCCUUUAACUAGAGAUGUUAUCAUAUACAUUUUAUCGGUCACACUCUUGGUAUCAAUAACGUGGAACAACAGAGUGGACUGGUAUGAAGGUCUGACCCUGUUUAUUCUCUACUUCAUGUACUGCGUUGUAUUAUUCAACAACAAUAGGAUAACAGAAUUUUUUAAAAACAAAGUAAAAGGAGAAGAUAAAGCUUACUCAGUAGAAAACUACACAACAAAGUGGCCCAGAGACGAACCAAUAAAAAUAUCAGUAAUCUCACACAGAUACAACGAAGAAAUUAGAAUAAGCACCGAAAUGAGCGAGGAACCCAAGAAAGUUGAAGUUGAAAAGGAAGAAAGUUCUGGACUGUUUGACUUGCCUGAGGGUUCGAUUUUAAAGAAAAUAUUCUUCUACUACGUGUGGCCAAUUAAGUUUUUACUGGGCUCCAUCAUGCCAGACCCUGAAAAACAUCCGAGACUUUUUCCAAUCACAUUCAUUCUGUGCAUCAUUUGUAUCGGAGCAAACUCGUACCUGGUAUCUUGGAUGAUAACAUUAAUUGGGCGUGUAUUUAAUAUACCAGAUGCAGUUUUGGGACUUACAUUUUUAGCAGCAGGUGGUUGCCUACCAGAAUCUAUUUCUAUUGUGAUUAUGUCUAGACGAGGUGAAGGUGCAAUGGGUGUUUCAAACUCAAUGGGGGCCAACACCAUGAAUAUCCUGCUAUCUUUAGGAUUCCCUUGGUUUUUCAAGGCAAUCCUUAAAGGAACGGGCCCUGAUGCAUACGUGGAGAUUGAAUCGGGAUCCAUACAAUACACCAUACUAGCACUUAUAGCCGUGUCUAUAAUUUUAUACGCUACUUUAUAUUUUAACAAAUUCCACAUGUCUAAAAAGACGGGAAUCAUUUUGUUGUUAGUGUAUAUUGUUUGUGCCAUUCUUGCUACACUUUCUGAAAUGGUGUUUUUCAAUACUACCGCCCCGUGUAGUUGAUAAACACCAAAUUGAUAGGACGUACAAAGAAUUAUAUAAAUAUUAUAUAUUUAUUUAUAAUAAAUGUUGAAUUUUUACACAACAAAAGGGCAAUUCAGUUGAGAAGAGUACCCAAAGUGACUGUGAUGAACUUAUGAGUUAAUGUAUGCAAUUUUAUACUCACGCACAAAAUUGGUUCAAAAUAAUUUGCUAAUAAAUGUAUAUAAAAAUAAAAUUUUCUGACAAACAAGCCAAACCUUAGCAAGAUGAUUAUUGUAUAAAAUACACAGUUAAUUUUAAUUAACAGUAUCAUUUUAUGUACUUCGUCAGAAAAAUUAAUUUGGUUAAUAAAAUUAUAUACUUUUGUUAUAAUUUAUGUUAAUCGUAUGUCUGUGAUAAACUUUUAACUUUUGCUCGAUACUGGCAAUAAUUUUUAAUAAAAAGUUUUGCAAAUAUAUUAACUAUUAAGAACAAAAUGUAAUUUGCGAUAAUCUUCUCAAUUAGAACUCAAUUACUCAAGAUGAAGAGCAAUACGUGUGCAAGAAAAUAAAUGUAUUUUUAUAAUGUAGAAAUUUUCUCAUCAUUACGCUUAAAAAUUUUGAUGUUAUUAUUAGAUUUACAAAUUUUGUUAUAAUAUUUAUAUAGGUUUAGUUGUUUAAAUGUUAAUUGUUAUUAGUGUUGUUAAUUUAAUGUUGUUAAUAAAAUAUUUUUU